CUUGUGUGAGCCAGACUGGCAUUGCCGGGCGUGGAGCACACACAGACACUGACGGAGACUGUGAAUAGAAAGAUGAGAAGUUUUGUGCCUUUGUGCCUCACUCUGCUCCUCAUGGCUGGUGUGAUGGACACCUCACCGAUCCUGACCGCAAAACAAGCCAACCAACUGCUGAGAAGCAAGCGCAGUGACCGGCAGCUGAAAGCGGGCUUUCCCGACGAACCGAUGCGGGAGUACCUGCUGUACCUGCAGGGUCUGCAGCGCAGGGCGGACGAGCAGCAGUUGGAGCAUUGGCUGAACCCUCACUGCAAACCCCACUGUAACAGCAACUGGGUGUCUCCUAUCUAACCGACAGCCGCGCACUUGACAGAACCUGAUGUCUCCUCAGCCACCGACUCAACUUUCAUCAUGAAAAUGAUUUAAAGUAACAAUUUCACUUUAUAAAGUUUCCCAUUUAUGCUCAUUAGUAACAAGCUUUGCACCUGCCAUAUUUCAAUCCUUUCGAGCCUGUAACUGUGGCUGGAAGCCACGCCAUGGGAGGCAACAUGGUUAACAUGCUGGUCAAUAUGGGACUCGCGUCACAUUGGAGAAGCAGUUUCCAACUUUCGACUCUUACUGUAGGGAAUGCUUAGAAAUUCUCUCCUGUAUCUGCUCCAAUGUACAUUAAAGUUGCUUUUACACAUUG